ACCAACCAAGUCAACCCAACCGAACCCCAAUCACGUUUUUGUUGAUACCCUUGUUCCUCAGUCGCAUCACCAUUCACCACCACCACCACCACCACCACCACCAGUAGCAUAAUACCUAUACUUUACUAUCUGAUCAACUCCAACAAGUUUUCUCCUACAUUUUUCUACCUGUCGAUUCUAUUCUGGAUUUCUUUGAGCUGUAGAUUGCUGCUAAAAAGACUUAUUGGGUAUUAGAAAUUAGGCAAGAAAUCCGGAUGUGGUGAACCUGAAUGAGAGCAUCUUGUCAUUCAUAUUAGCUUAACAAGAAGAAGAAAAAGAAGAAUAAGUAAUGCUCUUCUGUGCUCAACUCUAGACUUUAUUUCCAUUCACAUAUAUAUCUAUAUAUAUGUCGACUGAAAGGAUUGGGCCUCCCAACCAAGAGAAUGAACACCAUUCUGGAAAUAAGGGACGCCAACGAGCGUUUGUUUGGGAAUUCUUCGAGAAGAUUACAGGGGACGAUGGGUUACCAAAAACAAGGUGCACCAACUGUAACAAAGUCUACUGCUUUGCUGCAAAUUCAGGUACAUCAACAAUGAGAAGACACUUACGCAAGUGUUGUCCACAACCCUUAACUCAAGUUAGCCCGACCCAACUCAUCCCAAGAAAAAAAACUAAAACUCCUAGGUUUAGUGAGGAACUGUCAGAUGAGGCUAGGGCAGCCAAGAAAUUGAAGUCUGUUAUGGUGGAAGACCUCCAAACCAAGACUGAUAGGGAAUUAGUGGAGUUUAUUUGGAUGAAUAAGCGAAAUGUUGGACUCCUUGAGCAAAAGCUACCUCAUAAGGCCAUAGCCAUAAAGGAAGCUAUCAAGUGCUACGAAGGGGAAAUUGAUCGUAGGGCAAACCUUCUUCUUCCCAAGGAGAAUGGGGGAUGUCCUAUCACCUGCAUAGAGUCAGUUAAAGUUGAAGCAGACGAUCCACUUGAUCCACGCUAUAAGAAUGUGAGUGAGAUCAUGGCUGAGGAUGUGAGUGCCGUGGCUGGCAAGAUUGUUGAGACACACAGAGGUGUGACUCAGCACGAUGAUGUCCUCACACUUGACAAUGGGAAUCUCGUUGUAAAAGUUGAAGUUGGUGAUCAAUCCGGUAGUAAUGGGAAUUUUGAUGGAUACAUAGCUGAAGACGAGCGUGCAGAAAGACUUCAGAUUGUUGCAAUAAAUGGAAAUGAGAAUCAGACGCCUGCCAAACAGUCUUCUGCCAUUUCUAUUCUUCCCCAAGACAUAUGUUCAGAAUUAAAGGAAGUUUCAUCUGUGCUUUCUAUGCUAACUUCACUAGACAAUUUCUACACUCCCGAAGGCAGUCCUCUUGAUGAAGAAGCUGAAAACGCAAAACAAACCCUAACUGAUCUUCUGAAAAAGGACUUUGAAACCAUUAUCGGAUCUCCAGAUGAACAAAAUGUCAAAGUUUGCAUCCAAAUCUUGAUCAAGAACCUCCACAAGCUUCCAAGAUUCCAAGGCAAAGUUAUCGAAACACUCAACAUGGAUUUUGAAAUUGCCUGUAAAAACUGGACAACUUGGUGUAAGAAUAUUGAAAACAAUAUUGCAUUUGAGGUGCAGCAUGGAGAAAAUCUGCAAGUUUUGCAAGCAUGGCAGGAGAAAGACAUGGAAUUUGAGUCCAAAAUAGAAGACAUAGAUGCUGAUAUCCUACAGUUAAAAGCUGAACUGCGUGAAAAAGAGUUGAUCCGUGAGAGUUUGGUCAAACAGAAGUCUGAUUUGUUUGAUCAGAGCAAGAUCUCGAUUGAUGAAGCAAAGAGGCUUCUUCAAGAGAUGGUUACUGUGAAGUUGCAGAGUGAUGUUGCCAUUGAUAACAUGAAAGAGUUUUCUUCCAAAUGGGUAAGGAUCAGGGAGAAUUUCAAGUCCAAGUAAGUAUGGGACGCUUAUUUAUUCCCCCCCCCCCUUUUUAGCUGUGAAAUUGAGAACAAUUACAGUAGAGUUUUAGAUUAUAUGAUGAAAGGAUCUACUGUAGGGAAAGUUAGUCUUUUAUUGCUCCUUUCAUCUUUAUAAUUACAGUAGGAUUAGGGAAAACCUUUUCCAUUUUCAUGUCUAAUGGCAUUUUUUUUUU